ACGUACACACCUACUUACUCUCCAUCUUAAGCAAUCAUGUCUGGAGGCACAGACAAGAUCACUGAGUCGUUAGCGACAACAUCAAUUCAGGAAACACCUUCCACCUCAUCACAAGCACCAGCGGGAACGCAGCCGAUCACACAAGAAGCAACAACAGCACAAGAAGGUACGCAAAAAGUUACACCUUGGGAUGUUGAAGGUGCGGUAGUGAACGGUGUACAAGUGGCAAUCGAUUAUACAAAGCUAAUCAAAGAAUUUGGUACAAGAGAAAUCACACCAGAACUAUUAGAACGAUUUGAGAAAUUGACUGGCUGGAAACCACAUCCUUUACUAAGGCGCGGAACGUUCUUCAGUCAUCGGGAAUUGGACGUCAUUUUGAACAAAUAUGAACAAGGUAAACCUUUUUACCUCUAUACCGGUCGUGGUCCAAGUAGCAGUAGCAUGCACUUGGGACAUCUGAUCCCAUUCUUGUUCACCAAGUGGCUACAGGACGUUUUCGACGUACCACUCGUGAUCCAAUUGACAGAUGACGAAAAGUUCUUAUUCAAGCCAAACUUGAAAUUGGAAGAUGUUAUGAAGUUCUCAUUUGACAAUGCGAAAGAUAUCAUUGCAUGUGGCUUCAACUUGGAAAAGACUUUCAUUUUCUCCAACUUGAACUAUGUCGGAGGACCGUUCUACCAUAACGUCGUUCGAAUCGCACGUUUAAUCACAACCAAUCAAUCAAAAGGAACAUUUGGCUUCAACGAUAGUGACAGUGUUGGAAAAUUGCACUUUGUUUCCAUUCAAGCAGCACCUUCUUUCAGUAAUUCGUUCCCGCAAAUUUAUGGUAGCAAACAUGAUGUUCCAUGUUUGAUCCCAUGUGCGAUCGAUCAAGAUCCUUAUUUCCGUCAGACGAGAGAUGUUGCCGUACGACUUAAAUACCCUAAACCAAGUUUGAUUCAUUCGAAAUUCUUCCCUUCUUUGCAAGGUCCACAAACAAAGAUGAGCGCAAGUGAUGAAAAUAGCAGUAUUUAUAUGACUGAUACGAUGAAAAAGAUUUCUAAGAAGGUCAAAUCAGCUUUCAGUGGUGGACAAGAAAAAUUGGAAGACCAUCGUAGAUUAGGAGGAAAUCCGGAUGUGGACGUUGCAUACCAAUACAUGCUCUUCUUCGUUGAUGAUGAUGAAGAAAUGGCAGAAUUGGCAAGGCAAUAUCGUGCAGGAGAAUUGUUAUCUGGAGAGAUGAAGGAUAGAGCGGUUGCCGUUUUACAACAAAUCGUUGGUGCUUUCCAAGAACGUCGUGCAAAGGUGACUGAUGAUCUCGUAAAUCAAUUCAUGGACAAAGAUCGAAAGAUUGACCCCGCACCAGCCAAGCCAGGCUCAACUGUUCAUCGCCAAGCAGAACUACUAGCAACGGCAACCGUAAUCAAAUCGGCCAAUGCUGCACUUGCAGCUUCAAAAGCACAAAAGAGUAAAGAUUAGUACCUUUUCAGCAUCUAUCUCUCACGCUUCAUAGUAGAAUUGCUAAAAAAUGAAAUUCUGUGUAAAAUUGUACAGGGUAUUAUGCAAAUAUUGGUC